GUACACCACAGAGGCAGAAGCUGCCCAGGCCUAUGAUUGUGCGGUGCUGCUGCUGCUCGGCGGCGGCGCCGCCGCCGACGCCGCCGCCGCCGCCGCCGACGCCGGCAACAAGCUCAACUUCGAGCCCGAGGCAGCCGCCGAGAAGCUGGCCGAGUUCGAGGCCCACCCCGCGUUCGCGCGCCUGAGG